AUGGCAGGAAAAGUGAAAUGGGUAACUGACAUAGAAAAGUCCGUCCUAAUAAAUAACUUUGAAAAGAGAGGAUGGAUUCAGGUGGCAGAAAAUGAAGACUGGAAUUUUUACUGGAUGAGCGUACAAACCAUCCGCAAUGUUUUCAGUGUGGAAACUGGUUACCGGCUUUCUGAUGACCAAAUCGUCAACCAUUUCCCGAACCACUAUGAGCUGACAAGGAAGGACUUGAUGGUGAAAAAUAUCAAGAGAUAUAGGAAAGAACUAGAAAAAGAAGGGAGUCCUCUUGCAGAGAAAGAUGAGAAUGGAAAAUAUAUUUAUUUAGAUUUUGUGCCUGUCACCUUUAUGCUCCCUGCUGAUUACAACCUGUUUGUUGAAGAAUUCAGAAAAAAUCCUUCCAGCACCUGGAUUAUGAAACCUUGCGGGAAAGCCCAGGGGAAGGGGAUAUUUCUUAUCAAUAAACUCUCUCAAAUUAAAAAGUGGUCUCGAGACAGUAAAACAUCUUCGUUUGUUUCUCAAUCUUCUAAAGAAGCCUAUGUAAUUUCUCUCUAUAUCAACAAUCCAUUACUGAUUGGUGGGAAGAAAUUUGACCUGCGCUUGUAUGUUUUAGUGUCUACGUAUCGUCCGCUGCGGUGUUACAUGUAUAAACUUGGAUUUUGCCGGUUUUGCACAGUAAAAUAUACACCAAGUACAAGUGAAUUAGAUAACAUGUUUGUACAUCUUACAAAUGUUGCCAUUCAGAAACAUGGGGAUGACUACAAUCAUAUCCACGGAGGCAAAUGGACAGUGAGUAACUUGCGCUUGUAUCUAGAGAGUACUCGUGGAAAGGAGGUCACUAGCAAACUGUUCGAUGACAUUCAUUGGAUAAUUGUGCAGUCGCUGAAGGCCGUUGCACCUGUAAUGAACAAUGAUAAACACUGCUUUGAGUGCUAUGGAUACGAUAUUAUCAUCGAUGACAAGCUUAAACCAUGGCUUAUUGAGGUCAAUGCUUCCCCUUCUCUUACCUCCAGUACAGCCAAUGAUCGUAUCCUCAAAUAUAAUCUUAUUAAUGACACACUUAACAUUGCUGUGCCUAAUGGUGAAAUUCCAGACUGUAAAUGGAAUAAAUCUCCACCAAAAGAAGCUCUUGGAAAUUAUGAGAUUUUGUAUGAUGAAGAGAUGGCACAAAGUGAUGGAGCUGAUCGUGAUUUGAGAAGCCGUUCUGGGCAAUCCAUUGGACUAAAAGGAAAUCGAGCAAGAGAUUCAGGAAAGCCCGUGCUCACCACAUGGAAGUAG